AUGUUCUCUCCCUCCCAACACCAGCUGAGAUCCAGAGAAGCCCCUCUUCUAAUCAGCCACAACGGGUACAGGGUGGUUAAAGUUAGUGAUCAUUUUGUUGUCAAGUACGGCAGGGCAGACCAGGUUGACCUCCUGGAAGAGCUAAAUGUCCAACAAGCGACCAAAGUUAAGGUCCCACGGGUUUAUGCACUUUACAAUGAACCCGAGUCAUCAACAAAUUAUGUUGUCAAGGAAUACAUCAAAGGUGACAGACAGCCUGGAUACUCAGUGGGCAGGCAUCCUUGA